AUGAAAAUUGGCGAAUUCCAAAAUGCAAUUGGCGUCUCGUCGCGUUCCUACCUGGACUUCAUGGGCCAGCACGGCCGCGACAAGGGCUCUGGAUCAUCGACAUAUAUCAAUGCGGCGCGUUUUUUUAAGAAACGCGAAUUACAAGGCAUCAAGCCACUCCGGAAGAAGAGGGCAGCCAAGGAAUCGCAGAAAAAUGUGGCCGAAAAGUACGAUGUGUCUAGUAUUCAUCUUGACGGAGAGUCGGACCAGAGCGUCCCCGUCUGGGACACUUGUGAUGUUGUCCGCAAAAAGAUCAAUGCGCACCUUCGUGACCCAGAUGUGACCAAAGCUCAGUUCCUGCGCGAUAUUGCGAAAGCUGCGUAUCCGGGUACAGACAAGAAACUCAAUGCCAAUGUGCUCAAUGACUUUCUCUCCAAGAGUGGCGCCAAUGCAGGUAACACAAGCAGCGUCUUCUACGCCGCGUACGUAUUCUUCGAAAAGUUAAGAAUUAGAGAUAACAAGCCAAAAACCAAAUUUCGAGAAGAAAUGGAAGCUGUUUGGCGGCAUAAGGGUGGCUUUGAUUGUGUGACACCAUCCCAUCACGGGGUCUGGGUUACCAAAGGAGAAAGGCCAUACGUUGACAAAUAUGGCAUGCUGAAGAUUGAACGAGUUCGAUAG